AUGGCUUUCUGUCAGAUCCGCCUAAAAAUCCUCCCCGGUGUUCGCUGUCUAGCAGACAAACUGGUGCAAGUGAAAGUGGAGGGUCUCGCUCCCCACAAACCAGUAGAAUUAAGAUCCAGGCUGGUUGAUGACAAGGGGGUCGUUUUCAAAGCUUCUGCCCGCUACAAAGCUGAUGAAUCGGGCCUGGUCGACGUGAGCAGCGCCCCCUCUCUGGGAGGGAGCUACACCGGAGUGGAGCCCAUGGGUUUGCUGUGGGCCAUGGCGCCAGAGACUCCACACAGGAAACUUGUGAAGAAGAAUGUGCUGAGCCCGACUCUAGUUGAGAUAGCGGCACUCAACGGCGACACCGGAGAACUCCUCGCCAGUCAAACCAAUGAGAGAGAAUACAUGACAGAGGGCAUGAGGAGAAUCCCGGUGCGAGACGGACGAGUCCGAGGAGUCCUGUUCAUCCCUCCAGGAAAAGGUCCCUUCCCUGGAGUUGUGGAUCUAUAUACCUUCGGUGGAGGCCUCGGUGAACAGAGAGCUAGCCUCUUGGCAACCAAAGGUUUUGUGGUGCUGGCACUGGCCUAUUAUGGAUACCAGGAUUUACCAAAAAACCCCAAACGCUUGGAUUUGGAAUAUCUUGAAGAGGCUUCAAACUACCUACAGAAUCAUUCAGAGGUUGAAGGUCCCGGCAUCGGUGUCAUAUCCAUGUCCCACAGUGGUGCUCUGGGUUUGUCCAUGGCAUCCUUUCUCCCAGGAAUCACAGCAACAGUCUGCAUUAAUGGCUGCAAUGCCAAUACGGUGAUCCCAUUACACUACAAAGAUAUCGUUAUACCGCCGCUGCAACCUCUCAUGAAAAACACGCAAAUGACAGAAUCUGGGAUUGCCGAUAUACGUACCGUCAUGCCGGAUCCAACCCUGGAACAAAAUAGAGCGUCUUUGAUUCCAAUAGAGCGUGCCAGGAGUCAUUUUCUAUUUGCUGUUUCAGAAGACGACCACAAUUGGACCAGCGCUUUAUUUGCCAAGCAGGCCGCUGAGCUUUUGGAGAGUCACGGCAAGGAGUCGUUCCAAGUGGUUUCUUAUCCCAAUGCUGGUCACCUUCUGGAGGUUCCUUACAUGCCGUUGUGCCCAUCCGGGUUCCAUGCGGCAAUAGGGAGUGCUGUGGUGUUUGGUGGCCAGCCAAAGGCCCACUCGGAGGCUCAGCUGGACCUGUGGGAGCGAGUCCAAGAGUUCUUCAAGAGACACUUGAACGACACCGGCACUCAUUAG